AUGGAGAGAGCGAGCGCCGGCCAGCUCACCCGGCCGCCCCGUGCCCCAGCCGCCGCCGCCGCGCUCCCGAGCUCAGCCCCAAGUCGGACCUCCUCGGGCGCCGUGCCCCACUGCGCUCGCCCCCAGGUCCCCGACCCGGCCCACGCCCCGGGCAGCGGGCCAGCGGGCCCAGGAGGCGCUCUGUACCUGGGCACUCCGAGCGAUGCGCAGCGGGGCAGCAGCAGCCCCGCGGAUGGAGCUGCUGCCGCCGCCGCCGCCGCCCGGCGCGCCCCGCUCCGCCCGCGCCCCGUGCGCCUGAGCGCCGAGCUCGCUCCUCCUCCGCGCCAACUCCGCCGCCCGCUCCCCAGGCCGCUUGGGCUCCGCGCGUGA